AUGCUAACGGCUGAUAUACCGCCGAAUCAGUCAAUCUACAUUCAAAAUAUCAAUGAGAAGAUCAAUAAAGAAGAGCUGAAGAGAUCUCUUUAUUGUUUGUUCUCUCACUUUGGAAGGAUACUUGAUGUGAUUGCAUUGAAGACUCCAAAGCUCAGGGGACAAGCAUGGGUUGUGUUUACUGAAGUCACAGCUGCUAGUAAUGCUGUCCGUCAGAUGCAAAACUUUCCGUUCUAUGAUAAGCCAAUGCGGAUACAAUAUGCAAAAUCAAAGUCAGAUUGUGUUUCUAAAGCCGAAGGGACUUUUGUUACUAGAGAAAAGAAGAUGAAGCAAGAAGAGAAAGUUGAAAGGAAGCGACAUGCUCGAGAAACCCAACAACCAAACGUGUCUGAUGGUGCAACUGCGCAGAAUGGAAGGCCUGUGCCUCCAUUUCAGCCGAGCGGGCAUGACAUGAUGCCACCAAACAACAUACUCUUCAUUCAGAAUCUUCCCAUUGAGACGUCAACCGUGAUGCUUCAGCUGCUCUUUGAACAGUAUCCAGGAUACAAGGAAAUAAGAAUGAUCGAAGCAAAACCCGGAAUUGCGUUUGUGGAGUACCAAGACGAUGUUCAAUCUUCCAUAGCCAUGGAGGCUCUUCAGGGUUUUAAGAUCACUCCACAGAAUCCAAUGGUCGUCUCUUUUGCCAAGAAGUGA